ACCAGCAGGGGUAGGUUAGGGGAAGGAGUGCAUGUGGACUACAUACACAUGAGUAGAGACACAGAGGGACGAGCUGUGUGUGGACUGUAUCGUGAGCUUUGGAGUCUUGCACUGAACCAGACAGAGUUAUGUACUGUGCUCAUCCUGUGUCCGGCACAGGCAACAACUCAUUGAUGUAUUGCUACAACAUGAAACCAGUUUAUGGGCAGUCUCCCACCAAUGACGACAUCAACCAGAACUCAUCCUUACAUCCAUCCAUCAAGACCCCCAGCAAUGUGUUCGCAAGCACCUUCUUUGAGGGGACGAGCAAUUCUCCCGACAUCUGGAAUGCUGUAAAUGGGCUGAACCAGCAGGGCUAUGAAGGUGCGCUGGGAGCAGCCACAACGCACCAAACACAGCCGGGGAGCUACAGCAACCUGCAACCAGCACACAAUCACCUGGACUAUUCUCCACAUUCAGUGAUGGCUGCUGAUAUGAACAGGGGUCUCCCACCGAUGUCCACUUUUCACCGCAACAACACAGCACCACGCACUCCAGUCAGCACUUCAGAGAAUUCAACAGUCUCAGGUAGCCAGAGAAAUGUGUCAGGAGGGUCACAGACAGGCGAUACCUUGGGCAAAGCUCUGGCCUCUAUUUAUUCCCCCGAUCACACCAGCAGCAGCUUCCCCUCCAGUUCGUCCACACCGGUGAGGUCUCCGUCCCCGCUGCCAAGCGCAGGUGAACCUGCAGGUACCAACAUGUGGCCCCGGAGUUCAGUUCAGGCACCAGUUUCACCACACUACGAGUCUUCACUUAUAUCACUGUCUCAGGUGGAGGACCGACUGGACAGACUGGAUGAUGUGAUCCACGUCCUGAGGAACCACGCUGUGGGCCCCACAGCUGGUCUACCCUCUGAAAUCCAUGGCCUGCUGAACCAAGCCCACCACGGUCACCCAGGAUCUGCCAGCACUCUACCGCUCACCUGUCACACUCCAGCCAUGGUUGAAGCUGUCAAUAUGAACAACAACCACUCAGCCUUGCAGAGUCGCGCACAAAAUGGCCACCCAUACCCGGCCAGACAGCGAGCCACACUCCAAUCAAUGGAAGGUGGAGGCAGAGGGGGUCUGGGAGUUCAGAGUAAUAUGGAACUGAAGAUGGAAAGCAGGGAAAGGGAAGAGAUGAUGCACACCAAUCACAGUCACAGCUCUGACAGCCAGAGAUCAGAUGAGGAGAGUGAACUCAAAACACAAGAAGAGAACAGUGGAGGGAACAGUAUCCACGAGGAUGAGGACCUGAGCCCGGAGCAGAAGGCUGAACGUGAGCGAGAGAGGAGGAUGGCCAACAAUGCCCGUGAACGUCUGCGUGUGCGGGACAUCAAUGAGGCUUUUAAGGAGCUGGGUCACAUGUGUCAGCUGCACCUGAAGAGUGAGAAGCCACAGACCAAACUGCUGGUGCUGCACCAGGCCGUGGCAGUGAUCCUCAGCCUGGAACAGCAAGUCAGAGAGAGGAACUUGAACCCGAAGGCGGCGUGUCUGCGGAGGAGAGAGGAAGAGAAGGCGUCAGCAGUCAUGACAGAUCCACAGUCCAUGCAUCUCGCUUUUCAUCCCAGUCUGACAGACCCAGCAAACCCCAUGGGCCACCUCUGAGCAUCUGAUAAUGACGAAAAUCAAAUCCAGCAUCAAAUGUUGUGUGAAGAGCAUCUGGCUGUUUCCGGAUGUCCGGCAUUUCCUCUGAAUUUGGACCAGACCCGCGGCGAGGUCGACCUCUCUGUUUUGUAAAUUGUGAUGCAGUUGAACAAUCAUCUCCUCACUUCCCACAACGGACUUCUAACUUUGUGCCUAAAACUUUACUUGUAACAGACAAAUGCAUUGUAAGCUGCAGAUGUUUUGUACAUAUUUUGUAUAUUUAUUGAUUAUCCGUCUGUUUAAAUACCUGAAAGGAUGAAACCCAGUAGUGACAAGGUGUCAUCUGCAGAGCCAGAUAUGUUUCUGAAUGACUUUUACAGUGUAUCACUAUUUACCACGUACACUCACUCGUGAUUUCCAACGGAGCUCAGAGGACUGACAUUCCCACAUUUGUGUGUUCAGACAAUGGAUUUAAUUUGUCCUGUUGUGUGUGUCUGCGUGUGUGUGAGCUGUUGUGUGUGUGUGUGUGUGUGUGCGUGUGUGUGUUGCAGGAGUUUGACCAUUCUGUGAAUGAACAGAUCUCCAAGAAUGUUCUUUAACACGUGGGCAUCAUCUGUUAUUUGUAUAUUUGUUACAAACUUGUGUUAUAGCACUGUCAUUACACUUAAUGACACACUGGUGGAUGAAUCCCUUUUCUUCUCAGUGUAAUUAUUGCUCUUCAGAUGUAGUCGAAGCUCUUUGCAUGUCUGAGUUUUUAAUAGAAGCUUUUUUCUAAGUUAUGUAACUUAUCUUUUAUACAAAAUAUUGUGAAUUUCAUAAUGUCUCUAUUUACUUUUAUCACUCUGAUUUUACACAGGAAAACCCCUUUUUUGUGCAGUUUUACUAGACGUAACCAUAUUUCAUGCUCUGAGCAAUACAGUAUUACAGAAUAAUUGUCUUGUUUGCUUAUCACACUGCUGAACAAAUAAUAAUCAAACAUAAUAAUAAUACUCCUAUCAUAACAUGUACAGUAUGUGUACAGUUUGAAGUAGCCCACAGGCAUGUGUCAAAAUGAUAAUGUAGCAAUAAAUGUCUCU